AUGGACUUGUGGAUGAUCAUCCUCUUGGCAAUGAGCACCGGCAAAAUCCCGCCUAAUGGUAUCGAUAAGGUGGACGUUACCGUGCAGAGGAUUGUUGGGGGAGCUGCGAAGUUCCUAUGGGUCAACCGAGUGUACAACAAAAUCGCCGACCUCAAGGACGGGAGCGAAUCUGCGUGGCCGGCGGCAGACUUCCAAGGCUGGAUUCCCACCGCUGACGAGAAGGUCCGCCUUUUCGUUCUGAUCUACCUUCUGGCGGGCUGCGACUUCCUCCCUGCCAUUUCCGGCCUGCCGUUUUACAAAGUGUGGAUACUUGCUCUGAAAAGCGUGCGGGCUGAGGGCGUGUUCAACCGUUCCCUAUUCGUGAUGGAGGAUGGGGUGUGGACGGUGGACAUAGAGCAGAGCAUCAAGUUGCUCGCGACCAUUUUCUACUUCAGGUACGAGGCAGCAUUUGCCGGUGUUGCAACCACUCCAGGCGAUCUGCUCCGCAGCGUGAAUGACAGCGUCAGGAACUACGUGGACCUCAUCCGAGUGGCCAUCGUCAAGCUUGGCAAGAAGAGGACGACAGACAUCUGCCCAACUUAUAGGUCGAUGCGCGAGCAAUGCCUGAGGAUGAACUCUGUCGACGGGUACUGGCAGGAUGGAUUCAAAGACCACAUGCCAGAACGAGACUUCAACGGAAAGGGUUGGGGUAUCAACCCCAAGGCGAAGGGCAGCAACGCGUCAGCACUCACAGGAGAGAAUUGCGUUAUGUGGAUGUCGGAGCAUUCUUACAUCGGUCCCGAUGGGAAGAUGGUCACGAUGACGUGCGGUUGCGACCCGGUGAAGGCCUUAAAGCAUAACUGUAGGGGGUGCGGGUGCAAAGGGCGCAAGUGCUCCCUCGCUUGCGGCUGCAGGGCCGUUGCCAUUUGGCUCGCAAGCCUGUACCCAGUGCACCGACCGGCCAAGCCAUGUACUCCGGUCCUGCCGGUGCUGCACACUCCGCAGUCGUUGCCAGCGCCAUGACGGCUCUUCUGGCGUCCCGGAACGCUAGAACGGACGAGGAAGAGGAAGACCCGGACGAUCCCGGUUCGGACGAUGACGACACCGGCCGUU